AUGUGUGGAGUAGUGUCAACAGAGUGUCCACAUCUUUCUGCUGUCAGUUUUGAACACACUCUGUCCUCUGAUGAUGUGCUGGCUCACUUCUUCAAUGAUUUCUUAAGCCUGCCGUCUUUCCCAGAGACUUUGCUGUACAACCAGGAGACUGGGCUGUUUGAGGUGGUGAGUGGAGCAGCUGAAUUUAUCUCCAGAAGAAUCAGAUCAGUUAUGGACGGCAGCAAAUCACAACUCCUUACUCGUAUCCCCACAGUGCUGACCAGAACUCCUCCUGCAGACAGCCAUUACACUGUCCGUUGCCUGGACAGAGAGCAAGGAAUUCAGUGGAUCACAGAAGAAAGAUUACCCUUUUUCCUUCAAAGUGACUACUACGUUGAAUACAGACUAGCCAAGUUGUUGUUUCAGUGGGACCCAAACCUCUGUAUCCAGAGAAGGAAGAGCAGCUCAAGUCGGACCUACCUGUCAACCCCACAACUGUGCUGUUCCUCCCAGUUUGACAGAGAAAAUAACAAUGCACUGAAGGCCCUCACAUGCUCAAAUUCUUUAGAGAAUAUUUCAGCACAACAAGGGCCAGUGACCAUGUACAACUUUACAUAUCUACCCUCUGGCCAGAAGGAACACAUCAAUACAAAAUGCAGGGAAUCAUCCAGAUGUUUCUCCAGCUGUUCUGAGCAAGAUUACCCAUGUACCUUUUCCUCUUUGUCCUCCUCAUGUUCCUCCCCCUCUAAUCUUAAAUGUGAGAAAACUCAGGAUCUCCAAAGCCCACAAACAGAGUUACGCCUCUGCUUCACAGAGCCAUCAGCUGGAAACUCAAAGAUGAAAUAUCUCACUGAGUCCAGUAGCCAGAAUUUUGAGUCUUCUGAACUACAGCUGGAGUACCUGGCUGCCAGAGUGGUUAAACAGGUGCUUAACAAUGCCCUGAAUGUCAUGGGUGAUCAGAGCCAGGACAGCAUUUCUGACUGUACCAGCACAGAGAAAUCCUGUGAAUGUAAUGUUUGCCGACAUUCAUCUAAUGGAGGCAGAGAAAGACUGAAUGGGAAGAAAGAGAAAGUUCAGGAGGGCAAGAGGGGGAGUGAAGCGAAGACAGAAUGGCAUCAGAAGAACAGGGAGGUGGGGAGAACGGGCACAGACCAAGAGAGUAUCCCUGAUAUUUGUUGCCAUGGAACCUGUUGCCAGUACAAUAGAGCAGGCUUGGACAAGUUCAAGGAGUUUUUGCGAGGAACGUCAGGAGAAAAGCUAUAUAAUCUCUGGAUGGAUAUAGAAAAACUGAAAGCUGUACAACACAGAGAGCGGAAGAACAGGUAUUUGGUCCUGAUGAGGGGCCGGUACCUACUGAGCAGCAGUCAGAGCAGUCUGAACUCAGAGCUGCUCUCCACACUGGGACUGACGACCUCCCCCUGCUGGACAGAGGAGAAACUGUGCUCAGUUCAGCCUUACCUCACUGAGGCUCUGCUCUACUACUGGGUUCCAAGGUUCUGGAAGUCUCGCUGUGCUCAGAAAGACCAAGAUGAUACCUCUAACGUGGGGCUGUGGUCAGAAGGGUGGAAGAGCCCUCUGUCAGGCAGACAAAUCCACCGUGACCCUUUGACCCUGCCUCCCCUCCUCCAUGGCAACGGCUUGUUCCGAUCCUCCCAUACUGUCCAUUCACAGUUGUAUUUUAGCAGAAGUCAGUCACUGGGAAGCAGGAGAAUGGAAAAGAUGUUUCAGGCUCUCUGUGUUGAUUCACGUGCCGGCUUGUACUUCACACACUUCUGUGUACAAUCUGGAAACCAGCUGUGGGAGAGUGCAGUUUACUUCUGGACUGACCUGCAGCACUACCAUGAGCUGUUCUACCAGGAUGGGAUGGAUCCCUACAGAGUACAGAGAGAGGCACAGAUCUUAUAUGCCACAUAUGUGUACAGUUCUGCCAGGAGGAGCAUUGGCGUGGAUGAGGAGAUCAGAAGGAAGGUGUAUGACCAACUAAUGCCAGCUUUUGAGGAGCUGUUUGAUGAGGUUGAGGAAUACACACUGAACAUCCUGCUGGAACCAUGGACACUGCUGGUCAGCAGGGACAAAGAGUCCUUCCAGAAGGUGCGUGUGCAGGAGGAGGUUCACACGGUUGAAAGCCGGGAGCCCAGGGAACCCCGGAGUGUGUACGAGGAGUCACAGCGCCAGAAAGAGGUGCAGCAGUCCAGGUCCAUGCAGUCUCUCUCUCCUACUGCUUCAUCCACUCCCUUCUCAAAGGGCCCCCAAGCAUCUGACUCUUGGUCCAGAGUGUCUCCAAAUUACCAAGGUUAUCGUCUAGGUUCCUUACUUCGUCACCGCCAUGAGAUUGGCCACUUUAUGUCUUUCCUCCAGAGUCAGGAUGCCAGUAUUCAUCUGACAUGCUGGCUGGAUCUGGAGCAGUACAGAAGGACUCCGCAAAAGGACAAGGCUGUCAAACAAGAGAGGUCCUCUCACAUUGCAACCAAAUACCUCAACAAGAAGUACUUCUUUGGCCCUGACAGCCCUGCGUCAACAGAACAACAGAAUGAUAUACUGCAUCUGGCAGGUGGACUGGAGCGUCUGAGGCUCGAGUGUCUCUCAAACCUGGUUGUUGUGGAGAUCCAGGACAUCAUCAGGACUCACAUUGAGAAAAUAUGGCUGCCUCAGUUCCUGUCCACAGCAGAGUUCACAGAGCGACAGAAGCACAAACCAAAGCCCCAAGCAGCAGGCUGGCUCUCACAGCACGUCUACCAUCGACGCAGAACGAGGCGAAAAGCCUGGAAGGCUGAGGGCUUAUGGAUGAGUUCCUCCAAAGAGAUUCUCCUGUUUCGACAGAUCUUACUCAACCCAGUCACUUGUAUGCAAUUCCAGCACUUUGUCUCCUUGAAGGGAGACUUCCUGGAGAACGACAUGCUCUUUUGGCUGGAAGUCCAGAGGUAUAAGGACCUCUGUCAUUCUCACAGUGAUGAGGCCACCAUCCAGCAGAAGAUCUCCACCAUCAUCGACUGUUUCAUCGACUCGUCCAUGCCCCCCACCCUGCAGAUAGACAUCCCUCCUGAACAGGCCCAACACAUUCUGGAGAAACGCCACGAGCUUGGCCCUUACAUCUUCAGAGAAGCACAGAUGUCAGUGUUCAGUGAAUUGCUGAAGUUUUGGCCCGAAUUUCAAGAGCUGAGCAGCAGCGUCCAAGAGGAGCAACUCCUUCCUCUACUGCAGGAGAAACGAGUCAAACACAGAGCCAGAGUGCGAAGACAGAGGAGGAAGGAGGAGGAGGAGGAGCAGGAGGAAGAAGAGGAUGAGAGGAGGAGAGUUCAGGAAGAGUGGGAGGCACAAGAAUCCAAUUUUAGUGAGGAGGAGGACACAGACGAGGACAUAGACGAUGUAAAAGAAGAACGAGAGGGAAGAAGUGGAAAAAAGCAGUCGAGGACACAGAGCCGGGUGCUGGUGACUCCCACACAGCCGCUGUCGUGGUCCUAUUCCAAGUACAUGGCAGCUCUGAAGAGAGAGGAGGUGCUGCUGAGGAAAAAGAGUCAGCUGGAAGCCUCGUUCUCCACAGCCUCAGACUCCUCCUCUUACUGCAGUGUCAGGUCAGCGGGCAGUAAGCACAGCCUCGGGCAGUCACACCGCUCCUCCAGAGCAGACAGUAAACAGUGUAACAGAUAUAAAAGAGGUGUAAGAGCCUGCAACAUGAAAUGAAACCAAAGCCUUAAGAACCGACACAGAUGAGACGCUGUUAUCAGAGCAUGACGAGGGAAAACAGAGCUGCUGCUGAUAUCAUGAUGAUGAUGAUGAUGAUGAGGCUGAGUUUACACCUGAUGUAAGAAUAUUUUCAAUCCCAGUGUAACAAACACCUACGAACUCUUUUACUGCUACUGUGUGAAUCCUAGCAGAUUACCAUGUAACAAACUGUACUGGUAUUUAGAUUUGUUUUAGUGC